AUGCGGCAGACUGAAAAGUCCAAUGGUAGUUAUAAUCACAACAAGGGCAUCUCAUUGGAUAUUGGCCCGAGUCCUUACCUACUACCCCCAGGCCUGCACGGUUCCCGGGAUUCGCUGCAUUCCUUGUCCAGAUCUAUAGGCGGCGAUGAUAAAUACCGACACGCGACUUCAUUUUUAGGCGACAAUGCAUCUGUCAGAUCGCAGUCAAGAGGAGCUCAAGAUGAUGCAUCAAGCUUUACAGGAUCAACUAGAAAGGUCGCCCUCGGCGAUGAUAUGAAGGAAGGCUUAUUGGGAAACGCUCAAAGGGUGUCGCGAUCCAGUCCACCACUGUAUAUAUCUCCUGGCGAUGAUGGCGCACAUAUGCAAGUUGAUCCGAUUAUACAACCGGAUCAGGGCUUUCAAUUCGAGUUGCCCAGAAGCCCUAGCCCUGUUCUCAUCCCCGGAGCUCAUAAUACCAAAGAGUCGAUUACACCUGCCAACAACGGCCCCAAAGGCGCCAGUAAUUUUGGCAAUAGCGACACCCAUGACCGCUCGGAAGAACGCCUAAACCCUGCUUUACAAGAUCCUAGAGCGAAGCCUAGAAUAUCUCUUCCUCUGAGCGAUGCAGCGAGCGACUACGAUGAUAACGAAGAUCCUGAGCCCGCUAUUCCAGCUGUGAACAUUCACCGGAUAGAAAACGACCCAAGAUAUGGCAAGGGCCCUGAUCCAGUUAUCCGUGAUACUCCCCUGGAAGAGUCUUCACAAACGCCACGGUUGACUGUUGAUCCUCGUUUCGAUGCGCGUCGGUUGACACUAGGGUUGCGUCCUCUACCGCCAGAGGAUUUGUCAGACAACCCAGAGCAGCGGGCCAACCGUAUCCGAUCGUUCUACAAGGAAUAUUUCGACGAGACCAAGAAUGGGAGGGAGACUUACUAUGGUCCCGAGUCUUAUCACGAUGGUAACUAUAUAUAUGAUUCGGCUACUGGAGAUUACUACGACGGUGUCCCAGCACCAUUUGCUGAGCCAAUAAAUCGUCGGGCUAUGACUCCCCCCCCGCGCGCCCCGCCGCGGUUUCAAGGGGGAAGUAGACAUAUGCCUUCAGGUUCUAUCGGUGGCUUUAGCGAUCGACUCAACUCCCCAGGCCCACGUGCCUUUUCAUCUGCUUCUGGCAGACUGCCAGGUGUUCCGAAAAUCCGCAAGCCUGCACCUCCUCCAGCUCCACUCCAGCUCCUACCUACACCUCACAUGUUGAAGGAUGACUCUAUACUGGGAGCUAUCGAAUACGCCCCCGGGAAAAGUUACAGAGACCAGAGGGAAGGCCGCCCGGAGACAUCUCUUGGGGGGCUGCAACCGUUCAGUCCAACGAUGCGAGCCCAUACUCCACUUGUUUCAUCUUUCAAUGAACUUGCCGUCAUACCGAGCCCGCAUGCAUUGCGAAAGUCGGGUACAUAUGACACUCUGGACUUUGUUCCACCACCUCGCUUCAAGAACCUUGAGACUGCAAGCGACUCUGGUAGCAUUCGCAGUAACCGGACUGGAAUAUCGACGACUCAUCUGCAGAAUAUACGCACUGGUGCGUACCGUGUCAGCCGCCUUCCCCCUGAAACUGUGGGUACCAAGGACGACCUGGUUACUAACCUCCGUCCAACGUGGGAUAUGCGGAAGUAA